UUUCAACUCACACAUUGAUCCAUCUAUAUAUAUGCACAUGAGCCAUUCUUUCUAUCAUCAACCAAAAACAAGCAAUCCAAUAACUUUAAUUUUCUCAUACACCUUCAAAAGCUUCAGAAGAAUUCAAUCUUUCAGUAAAAGAAAAACAAAUGGCUUUGAUGAGAAGUCUAUUGGGUGCAAAGAAGAUUCUUGGAACCGCAACCAGCAAAUGGGCAACCUCGGCUGCACCAAAAGGAUUUCUUGCGGUGUACGUAGGAGAGAGCCAGAAAAAGAGAUAUUUGGUACCAGUCUCAUACUUGAGCCAACCUUCUUUUCAAGCUCUUCUAAGAAAAUCUGAAGAAGAGUUUGGAUAUGAUCAUCCAAUGGGCGGCUUAACGAUUCCUUGUCCUGAAGAUACAUUCAUCAAUGUGACGUCUCAGCUUCAAUGAUGAUGAUUAUACACCAUUUUGUUAUAGUUAUAGUUAGAGAUAGACUUGUUCCCUGUAAAUAGCGGAGAUUUUUUCUUCCUCUGUCUUGUUGAAAGAGUUAUUCUAUAACGUUUUGAAAGUGAAGGUCAUUGGACACGAUCACAAUUCAUGUUAAUACAUUUUGGAUCAACCAUUGAAAAAUAAAGAGUGAUACCUAUCUGA